UCCAAAUUCAUACAAAGAUCAAGGGAGAGGUGUUGCUGAAAUUGGAGGUGGCUAGUCAAAAGUCAACCCCAUUUGAUUGGAAUGGAAAGUUUGAGAAAGGUAUGCCGUGGACUUUGUUGCCUCGCACCAAUUUUCACACGUACCUCAUGUGACAGCCACUCGCACUUUUGUGGAGCUCGUAGCCUUGACUUGGUCAAGACCUCAGAAGGAGCAAGCAGCUCUACAGGAGAAGAGUCCAUCUCCAUUUGGUCCAAAAUAUGAUGCUGUGAUGUGAUCCAUUCGGCAUUCCUUUGUCAACUUUUCAGCCUAAUUUGAGUGCCACUGGAUCUUUCCUUUCUCGUUUGUCUCUGCUGACUCAGGGUAUGACAUUGGCAGCCAUGGCGACAAAGCUUAUGCGUGCGGUUCAGUACAACAGCUAUGGUGGAGGAGCUUCUGGUUUAAAGCAUGUAGAGGUUCCAGUGCCCACUCCAAAGAAAGGUGAGAUCUUGCUGAAAUUGGAAGCAGCUACUAUAAACCCGGUUGAUUGGAGAAUUCAGAAAGGCAAGAUACGGCCUUUUUUUCCACCCAAAUUCCCUCAUAUACCUGCUACUGAUGUUGCUGGAGAGGUUGUAGAAGUUGGAAAAGGGGUCCAAAAGUUCAAACCGGGCGACAAAGUUGUGGCAUAUCUCACCCUCGCUAAUGGAGGUGGACUGGCUGAGUUUGUCACAGCUAGUGAGAGAUUGACAGUUGCCAGGCCACCUGAAGUUUCAGCAGCUCAAGGUGCAGGCUUACCUAUUGCUGGUCUCACAGCUCUCCAGGCUCUCACCCAAGCUGCAGGGCUUAAUCUCGACGGAAGUGGCCAGAAAAAGAACAUCUUGAUUACUGCUGCCUCUGGUGGUGUGGGUCAGUAUGCAGUCCAACUAGCAAAGCUCGGAAACACUCAUGUUACAGCCACAUGCGGUGCUCGUAACAUCGAAUUUAUCAAGAGCUUGGGGGCAGAUGAGGUUCUUGACUACAAGACCCCAGAAGGAGCAGCUCUGAUUAGCCCAUCUGGUAGGAAAUAUGACAUCGCUGUCCAUUGUGCAAUAACGGGCAUUCCCUGGUCAACUUUCAAGCCUAAUUUGAGCGCCAACGGGAAGGUUAUAAACAUUACUCCCGGUCCACGUACCUGGGCUACUAUUGCUCAGAACAAACUCACCUUCUCCAAGAAGCAGCUGGUGCCACUGCUCACGAGUGCUAAGAGUGAGAACCUUGAUUAUCUUGUCAAGUUAGUCAAGGAAGGAAAGCUCAAGACAGUGAUCGACUCUAAGCACCCUCUAAGCAAGGCUGAAGAUGCUUGGGCUAAGAGUAUUGAUGGACAUGCAACUGGGAAGAUAAUCGUGGAGCCUUAAGUAGAAAACUAUUGUGGGAUAUAAACUUCAUGUCUUUAAUGGGAGUCGUUUGUUCUUUGGUCGAAAUAAUGGAAGUCGUUCGAUACAGAUGGUUAUGUGCAAUUAAUGGGGUAAUUAUACAAUUUUGGUCGUUGGGAUUUGAUGGAUAUGAUAGAGAGGUUAGGAUGGGGUGGUUUUGUCUUUUUCUUGUUGUCUUGUUUUAAUUUUAUAUAUUUGAUUUAAAAAAUUUAUUUAAUGUUUAGGACAAUAAAGCUCCUACCAAACUAACGGAAUUGAAGGCUUUGACUUGAUUUGUUAAC